CCUAUGUGUAUAGCGCUGUUUGCAAAGCUUACAUGUCCGAAGUAGCUCUUCAUGUUUCCUAGCCUGGGACUACAUGGCGGCCCGUCCUCCAGUGAUGGCAUGAACACAAUAUCGCGGUACAGACGGAAGGAUAGUGCCAUAAGGACUUUAGUUGCUGAGACGCUGGUGUUGGCAAAGACUCACGGAUACGUAGAAAAAAUAGAAAACGAGCUAGAGGAAGAAAUAUUACAGGAGGAAACCUACCUCCCAAAAGAGGACUUCGUGAGGUGGAGACGGAAGGGAUAUUCCUUCUUUAAAAGUAAAGCUGUUUUAUUGACGGUGGUUAUUCUGUGUAUUGUGGACUGUGCUUUAGUACUGGGGGAACUGACUCUUGAUUUGUACAAAGUUAAAGUGACAUUAGAAGACAACGAAGAAUUCACGAACAGUGCCACGAUGUUUCUCCUGAAAAUUAAGCAACGGAAUCCGGAAGCUUUGGGUAAUAAAGAAUAUGACCAAGUAUUUGAUAUGAUAUCAACAGCGGAAAUAAAGUGGAAUUUGCCAUCCCAGAGCGAGAUGAAAGACCACUAUCAGCUUAUUGAUGAGGCGACAAUACUAGAUUUAGUGUCGUCAAGAAACCGAAGAAGUGUAGGGGCAAAUAACAAAAGCGCAACAAACUCUAGCCAUAUUGACAUUCCGAAAAGGGAGUAUAGCAUCGAAGAAAGCAUUGCGCAUGCGCUUCACCUCGCAAGUAUUUCAAUUCUAGGAAUAAUAUUACUGGAGACUUUGUUGAAAGCUAUUUGUGCAGGGAGACCAUUUUUCCACAGAAAACUUGAGGUCUUUGAUGCGUUCUUAGUCAUCGUGUCCUUUGUGGCUGACAUAAUUUUAUUGGUGGCGCUACCGGACUACAACACAAGAGAUUUUGUUUUCAUCCUGGCAUUUCUGUUGCCUUGGAGAGUAAUACGAGUCGUAGAUAGUUUAGUAGUGGCAGUUAAGGACCAUGAACAUUUUCGCUUAAAACUUGUCUAUAAAAGGAAAAAGAAAAUACAGACGAAUUUAAGGGAAAUGGAAGUAAAAGCACAGAUAUUUCAGUAUCAAUGCAAUGCACUUCGGAGAUUAUGUUUGUCGGAAGGGCUGGAUGAAUGGAAAAUUGAUCAAUGUGUAAAGGCAGAGCAGAAAUAUCAAUCAACACUUGGCAAACGAAAAGGCAAAAUAAGGUUAGAGACCUCUUCGAUGUCUCCACUCUUGAGUGACCAUUCACGUGACCGCUCCCCAAGGCCUUCCAUUCCCUCACUGGAUUUACAGGGUUUCAAGUUUUGGAACGGAAAUUCAAUCAAGCACAACGAAUUGAACGGAAGUAUAGAGGAGAAGCAGAGUGAUAAAUCAAUAGACGAAGAAAAAUAAAUUAUAGUGUCUACGAACAGGUUUUUGAUAGGUCAACAGUGGUCAUUCCAGGAGAGAGUGGCAGAAUGUGUUAAAUUGCUACGGAAAGUUCUAUUGGUGUUACAAUCCAUAAUUUAGCCAUGAGGAUUUAGUUGAUACAGCCAAAUCUCACCAAUUACUGGUCGAUGGACACAAGGGUUUGUGAUGUGGAAUGAGACUCGUGUUUGUUGAACAUAGCGAGCGAGUUUAAAUUAUGUUAGGGAAAUCUAUUUCACUUUCCCAGAGUCGCUUUGCAAUAUCCCUAAGGAAAUUUCCAUGCCUGUGUUAUUAAGACUCCAGUUAAUUCGUUUAUAUGCAACUUUUUUUUAAUCUAAGACUUGUUUUGUUUGUGAUGUUUAGUAUGCGUACCUCAUCAAAUUAUUUGUGAUAUUUUUACAGUGAGAGUAAAUUUUUGUACA